AUGGAACAUCAAUUCUUCACCCGGUGGCUUUGGCCCUUGACAUCAAAAAGAGCAACACCCUCAUUUCGAAUUCGUACGAAACUCAACUCAGACGAGGCUCUUCGCAGACUCCACAAGGUUCGAGCCUCUCUUCAAAUGAGCAAGGAGGAAAUCGUCGACAUCUGUCAGAUGGUGGAGCGAGAGGGUAAACUCCAACGGGCUUUAUUCGAGGCCGACACUGAGCUCUUGGUGACUAUCCUGGCGGUACGCACUUAUCAUGUCGGGGAGAGGGAGUAUAUUGGGACGGCGGUGCUUACCUUUGAGUCGUUGAUGGCACGAACAAGGGCGCUGUUUCUGAAAGCACACCCAGCUCUGCGCACCUGGCGAGGCUCAACUCCGAGCGAACUCCAUUUCCUAGCGAGGACGCUGGCCGAGGAGAUCCACUCGAGCCUGGUGAUCCUAACGAGUGUGCGAGAGAAGAUCCGGAAAGAAGAUUAUCCUGACGAUACCGCGAAGGUCGAGGUCCAGAUCAGUUGGACAAAGUGGAUGUGCCUGCCGUGUGGAAGAAGCAAUAGCGGCAGAGGGAUGAAGGCAGAUAGUGGCAACAGCAUCAGGCGGUCCGAGGAGCAUCAUGAGAGGGAGCACCUGUUUACAGGAAACGGGAUGGCGGUCAACGGAGGACGAUGUCGGUGUUUGGACUAUCGAUGA